AUGACCCCAGUAGACGCAGACCCGGCGGCGCUGGUCUGCGGCAUUGCCGUCAAGCGCACGGCGAGCGGCGGCGACGGCGACCCGCACGGUGAGCAGAGCAAGCGGGCAGCGGCGACGUCGCAGGUGGGACAGGACGCCGGUCAACAAGUUCAGAAGGCCGUGUUCUCCGACGAGGGCAAGCAACCCGGCGCUGAAGACGACCACGGCGAUGGCUCGGCCCCGGCGCUUCGCGCCGCCAAGAAGAUGAAGCGGGACGAAGGGCUCCCCGUCGACAUCAUCAACAAGGAGCUCCGGGACAACGACUGCCUCGCCAUUAUCCCGCUCGCCGGCGCAGGCGGCGGGGAUGUUCCCCCGAGCCUGCGGCUGCGGCGGCGGCGCCUGCUCGAGAUCAAGAAACGGGGCGUGGAGAUCGAGGAGCAGAGGCUGGCGCUGGAGCGGCGGCGGCUGAGGUGGGUCGAGGCGUGCGGGAAGGGGGACACGGAGCUGGAGAAGAUGCGGCUGGAGAACGGUAGAUUGAGGGUGGAGAACGAGCGGUUGUGGAUGCGGCUGUUCAGGCGUGGUGAACUGGAGCUCGGCGCCGGCGUCAAGUCGGAGAGGGAGCAGGGUCGUCGCGACGGCGCUGCAGAAAUGGAGAGAGAAACGAAGCCUCUAGCGUAA